GGGAGUCAGUCAGAGCCGAGGCUGCCUCUUACUGGAAAAGAUGCAGACGGUGAGAGGAGAGAUUCCACUACACUUGAACAAGGUUCUUGCCGCACGUGCCGACACAUGCAAAGGGGCAGAUGAAUUCAGUGGGAGCCACUCCUGAAGGGGCAGCAGUGAUAUUUUCAAAGGUGGACUUGAAAGAGCUGUACAUCUAUUCCCCCCCCACCACCACCACCAACCCCCCCUUCUUCUCAUUUCUGAAUCACUGGACUGUAGCAAUCAAAGAGUGGAGCGGCGAAGUCAGUGGAGUUCUCUCCUCCAGCUGAGUGAGCUGAAUGGAAUCAACAUGAGCGUCAUCAUGGAUGGAUUUAUGGCAUUUUGAUGACAUAUUUUUAUAAUUAUUGACCGGUUGCUCAGCAGAUGUGUCCUGUCAUGUCCUGGCUGCUCUGCCUGUGCCUCUGGGUCAGUGUGACGGCCAUUCAGCUGUGUCAGGCGACUUUCUACGACACCAUACAGCAGCACCAUGGAACGAGGCCUGGGAGAACCACCAUCCACAUGAUCGAGGGGGGCACUUGUGAAGUAAUUGCUGCUCACAGAUGCUGUAAUAAGAAUCGUAUAGAGGAGCGUUCACAAACAGUCAAGUGUUCUUGCCUGCCAGGGAAGGUGGCUGGAACGACUAGAAACAGACCUUCAUGUGUUGAUGCAUCCAUAGUAAUUGGGAAGUGGUGGUGUGAGAUGGAGCCUUGCCUGGAGGGAGAAGAAUGCAAGACGCUCCCUGACAACUCAGGCUGGGUGUGCUAUGCAGGCAACAAGAUCAAAACCACCAGGAACACUCAGCCAUACACGACAUCUACAUACUGAAGAUUUGCAGGAAGCGUGCGGCUGAAGGUGCAAAAAGGUUGAAUUGCAGCACUGUGACAGGACCAAGCACCAAACACAUGAAGAUUGCUGAGAUUCAAGUGUAAAAAGUUGUAGAAUACAUAAUGCACAUCCUGCCCAAGGCUGCUGACUAUACUGAUGCUCCAGGCUGCCUGCAGGAACAUCAUCAUAACCCCGUUACAAAUAUAAUUCCAUCACUUUUUCAAACUUUGAGAUGGAACGUAUGGCUGGGUAUGGAGUCAAAUCCGAGAAUCGUCUCAUAUCCUUCCUCAGACGUCUGUCAGCAUCCGUCUCUACUACGAAGCCCCGGGCGCCAGAGAGGAGCAAGUCAAUUAGUCGACAGCCCUCAGGUUUUUUUUUUUUUUUCCGUUUUUUUUAUAUUGUGUGAGGACACAUUUGUAUUAUAAAUUGUCUGUAAUUGUGUACAAGAGUUUUAUUUAUGGUGGUGUUGAGUCCUGAAUGCAGUCACAAACCCCAAAGCAGCCAAAAGUUUGAAGAUCGGAAUAAUUGAUUCGAUGUUUUGGGAUGGAGAUACGUAUCUUACUAGUAAAAGCUGUGUUUCUUUAUGCUGCACAUUUUAACAUUAGUUUCUAUGGUUCCUGUAUGCCUUUGACCACCUCUUAAACAGCUUUACCAGUUCAACUUGGUAACGUGUCAGAGACCCUAAAAAUGAUCGACUUGCCAAAUAUGUGAUACCACUAAGUUGUUUUUCGAUACUUGAAAUGCCUUAUUUGUGUCAAAUCAUUUCAAAUGAUGAUAUUGUACAUAUGAAGCCAUAUGUUGAUAUGUGAUGAAAUUUCAUUAAAGUCAUUGUUCCUGUAAUGAACAUCAGUGCAUCUUUGCCAAGCACCAAGG